AGCCGUUUCCCUUCACCGAUAUCAGUCAGUCAGUCAGUUACACAGACGGCUAGCUAACGCUAACGCUAACGCACCCUGCCCUGCUAAGCAAGUGUACUCACUGUCAAUAUAUGCGUUUAUUUUAUUUAUUUCAAAUAAUUUAAACGUACUCUUGAUCAUAUAUUCCUUCUAAUGAACAUGUAUUUAUUUCACAACGGUUAUGACUUCUACUAGGUCUGUUGAAAAAUUCCCUUAAUAUUACCCAGCGCUCUCCAUGUCAACAAGCUCUUAUUGUUUUUUUUGUUUUUUGUUUUUUAAAUAGAUGUUGUAGUUAAUAAAGAUAUAAAGACAUGGCGCUUGUCGUUACGUCAGAUGUCCUGCGUUAUUCGAACGAGCUUCAGUUAAAAUUCUGUUUUAUGUUGUCCUUUCCGACGUUGACUAAAAUCGGACCGUUAGCAGAAACGUAUUCGCAGGCUGAGUCCCAAAAGGCGCUGUGUAAGCUCUGUAAGUGCACUACAUAGUCUGUAUAAGAGACCGGUUCCUCCGUUCAGUGUAGUGCACUAAGACGCCAGAUGGACAGCCGUUUGAGACUGAACCCUGUGUUCCUGAGCUUUGCUGAUUAUGUUUACUGAGAAGGAGCAGCCAAGUCGGUUCAGGUGUCUACUCAAAGCGCUGUGACCGCUGUACAUGCCCUCUGAUUGGUUUAUUUUGCUGUUAGAACCUGGGUAAUAUACCCCAAUACUUUAAUUUCUCUGUAUAUUUGCUUGAAAUCGAGGUAACCAGUUAAGACCGUGGUCACCGGUCAUGUUCUGAUGGUGCAAUCAGAAAGCUUUAGAGGAGGAUUAGUUGUACUGCUCUUACGCAGACCUGACAGGCUUUUCUUACAUUGUGCGGUCAUUUUCAGAUGAAUCCUGCAGACUGGUUUGGAAAAUCCUGCAUGCUCUCACAUGAUGAAGAUAGAUAUCCAUACAAAUCCAAAUCUGUGUGAUGUGAUUUCAUGGAGUGUUGAUCUUUAUAGCAGGCAUUCCGUUUCAAACGGUGCUUUUUGGCGAUGUGUAUUUACGCUAUACUGUUUAUAAGAGACCCAUCUGGCGCGUCUCAGACGCACACUCGAUACGUUUACAUGGACAAUAGUAAUCCGAUAUUAACCCGAUUAAGAAACUAGCAUGUCAACAGCGGUUUCUGAGGACCUUAAUCCGAUUAAAGUCAUACUCGAAGUAAACACAAAUGGAAUUAAGACGUGUGGAGUAUUCCUGUUUUAGUCGCUUUAUCGACGUGUAUUACAGACACCUUAAUCACACUAUUAACGUCGUGUGAGAGUUUCCACCGCAUUUUGUGACAGGACACGUACACACACGGCAGCGCUCAAUCGUUUGACGGCAAACAAGAGAGCACGGCGGCGUCUCAAACCACGUAUUUACUGACUAUAUAGUAGGUGAAAUACGUGUAAGUAAGUACGCGGUUUGGGACGCAGCCCACGGCUUCAAGCAGUCGUCUGUUUGCACGUACAGCACGACAAAUAAUUAACCGCACUUGAAGCGUUCGUAAAAUUACAAAUGACACACCCAAAACUGUAUACGGUUCCAUAACGAAGACCAACUGUAUGUCGAUACGUGAAAUUUUUGGAGGGACGGCGUGGCGCGGGGACGUAAUGACGUGCGCCGUUAAUCGCUCCAUGUUCUAUAACACGUAAAACGGGAACAUGAAAGGAAUAUUCUAAAAGCGAGUCAUGUAAAAACCUUAAUCAGAAUAUUAUACGUCUCAUCCAGAAUAAGGUCGAUCAUUAGAUUACUGCUGUCCGUGUAAACGCAGUCAUCGAUUGUUUUGUCAUCACAACUGUUCGAUUCAUCAGCGUCGAACAUGAGUACAGCUAAAAGAUCUCAUUUACCAACAAACAUCACUGUGAGCGACCGUGCAAAACAAUUCCAUGCAAUCGCAAUUUCGCCAAUUCAAGUAGUUUUCAGCAAAAAAAAAAAGAAAAAAGAGCAAAGUGCAUUGCAGGUUUCGAAAAAAGCCGCAGCAAAAUCAAGCGUUUCGGACUGUGUAAUGAAUAGCUUCAGAACAACUGUACAGCGGUCCAGAUGUGGACCAAGCUCAAAUAUCUUAGCAGACUGAACUGAAAAAAAUUAAAAAGUACCGUUGCAGAGUCAUUCAACGUACUCGACUUUGCAUUCGACUGCGGUCUGUGUAGCACAUCCCUUGUUGUGGUUUAUCUACUCGCAGGCACGAAUGUCAACGAUUUAGCUGAAGGAAGCUCAUCAGACCUGAGAAUACCUAUAUGAGUAGAGACGUUUAGUCAGAAAGAGAAGAAUUUCCAUGGAUUUCGUUUUUCCUUUUCCGGUCUGCUUAGUGAAGUGAUGAUAACGUAGGCUUGUAUGGGGGGAAAAAAGUUGAUGACAGUUUUUCAAGACGGAGAAGUAUGCAUUUAUCUUUCCGCUUCAAGCUUAAAAUCGACGACUGGUUUGAGUCAGAAGUGAUCACGUGACGAGCCGAUUCGAAACGAAACAAAACCACUCCUGAGUAUUUAAGUAUUCUGAGGUAGCUUGGGUUGCCAUUCAGUCCCAUUUGAUCGAACAAACUUUCUGAAACUGGAGUCGUUUAACCCUGCUGUAUAGGAACGGCGGGAAAUUUUUCAGAUCGUAUCGUCCAUGUGAAAUUUUGCGUGGCUGUCUUGCUUGGUGUAUCGUCCAGUUACUAAGCUUCCUGCUACGUCAUCGAGGAUGAAAAGUGUCCAGACUUGCAUUGUCUUCCUGUGAUACAUAAUCUAGGCAUUAAUAGCGGUUGUCGUAUUUACCGGCACAAAGACUACCUAGUGCACUAUAGAAGUACAUCAUUUAAGAUGCACCCAGUGACUCAUAUUGCCAAUAGCUGUUUGAAGGGUUUCUGUGAGAAAUUUAUGGACUGAUUACCAAGCAACAGCCAUGGUGUGUCCCAGUGUCUGCGUAAAACUCUCAAAAACGUUGGCAAGACAACCUUUACAACGUGAGAUUUCUGUAGCGCAGUAUACCGUCGCACUCGUCUGUUGAGGCAUUCGCUACUUGUAAUACCUCCAGAUCCUUUGGCACAACGGCGAAUAAGGCGUGCUAAGAUGAAGAAGGGGGAAGGCCCCUGUGUUCUGCAGUAGAUGGACGACAGCAGCUUUAAAGUGCACCUAUUAUGGUUUUGAAACGUGACUAAUUUUGUUUAAAAGUCUCAUACAAUAGAUUUACACACAUCCGAGGUCAAAAAACACUUUAAUGUGCUCAUAAUUUAAAUUGCAGCGUUACCUUUUUUCCCCCCACUGUCACAAACGAUUCGUUAAAUGAUCCGUUCUAAAGGAUUCGUUCUAAACUCGUCCUUUCAAAGAGCAACUCUGCUCUGAUUGGUCAGACGUCCCAGUCUUUUUUGAUUGGUCUACCGCUGUCAGCGAGCAGCUGAUGAAGAACAGAGGCUGUUUUUUUUUGUUGUUGUUUUUUUUUCUGUUACAAACCUACAUAGGUUAGUACAGGAAGUAAGUCUGGAAUCACUAACGACUCGUUUCGGCUGUUCAGAAUCGGUUCCUUCUUUUGGGAGUCGAUAACUCCGUUUCUCGUGCGCUUUGAUUUUUGAAACUUUGCAGACUUUUUAUAUUCACAAACAGUUUUAUAACACACUACACGAGAGGUAGUAUUUGACGUACAAAUGAGUUUAAGAUGGAAGACCAGUAAAAGUAUACCCGAGGUCCGAUGUCGAUCGGAAACUCCAUCCAUCCUUGUAUUUUCUGUACCGCUUAUCCUACAGAGGGUCGUGGGGCGAAUCGAGCCUGUCCCCGGGGACUCGGGGCCUGAGGCGAGGGACACCCUGGCCGGGAUGCCAGUCCAUCACAGGGCAGAAUCUCUCUCACACACACACACACACACACACACACACACACUCGCAUCGCACUCCCAUUGGAAAUCAGGCUACAGUGCAUGUCUUUGGACUGGGGGAGGAAACCGGAGUACCCAGAGGAAACCCGUGAUGCACAGGGAGAACAUGCACACAGGGUAGAGGUGGGAUUCGGACCCUCGACCCUAGAUAGCAAGUUAGUAGGCUAUCUGUCAAGACAAAUUAUGUGAAAAAGAAUCAGCUUUGAGGCAAGCUGCAUCACAGCACUCUGCCAUUGAUUAUUUUCCUAUAGGAAACACACCUCAUCAUGUUUUAUCCCUUACACAGCACGAUUACCGAUCAGCCAUAACAUUAAAACCACCGGGACGUGACGUGAAUAACAUUGAUUAUUUCGUUACAGUGGCACCUGUCAAGGGGUGGGAUAUAUUAGGCAGGAAGUGAACAGUCAGUUCUCGAAGUUGAUGUGUUAGAAGCAGGAAAAAUGGGCAAGUGUAAGGAUCUGAGCGACUUUUUUUUUUUUUUGGGUCAAAUCGACUGGGUCAGAGCAUCUCCAACAUGUGGGGUGUUCCCAGUAUGCACUGGUUAGUACCUACAAAAACUGGUCCAAGGAAGGACAACCGGUGAACCAGCGACACAGUCAUGCGAUGUGCUGGACAGACAAAGCUGAAGCAUGGAGGCCCAACCUCGCAACUUGGUGCCAGAUACCACAGCAGACCUUCAGAGGUCUUGUGAAGUCCAUGCCUGAACGGGUCGGAGCUGUUUCGGAGGCACAAGGAGGACUAACGCAACAUCAGGCAGGUGGUUUUAACGUUAUGGCCGAUCGGUGUAUUGCGGCUGAAUCAGCACCUGUCAGGUCUCUUUUUAAAAAAUUUACUGGAAGUUACACUUUGGUAGAAACGACUGAGCUGUCCUUCUUCUUUUCUCAACGUUUCGUUACGGAAUCCAGAUGCACACCGGUUCCACAGUGGUGGUGUGAAGCGUACAGAUGUUAAUCUCAGUGCCGACCUUCCAGAUGUGUGUGCGCUUCACCUUUACCUGUAAUCCUUCUUAGGACUAUUUAACAUAAACGCAGUCCAUGUUGACGUCUUGGUCCCAUCUUUCUUUCUUUUUUUUAAUGAUUUUUUUAAUAAAGAUUUGUCAAACCUUCCUCCGUCCCGCUCUCAAUAAUAAAGCCGUGCAUCUGUUUAUCCCUUUAAUCACGGCCUGCGCUCACCCCCCACAAUCAAGCCACCCACGCAAAAACAGCCUAUGAAAAGCUUCACAAUCCUCACCAUCAUUAACAUGGCACCUUCUCUCUCUCUCUCUCACACACACACACACACACGCAUGUCUGAGAACAUGCUUCGGUGUGCAUCGAUGGUUCUUGGUGGUGACGAGGCUUUAAAUUUGACUAAAUAAAGAAUAACAAUAAGAUAUACGCUUAAUAGAUAUUUUUUUUAACGUAUUGACAGACUGAUAAAAUACCUGUUGCAAAGGGGAAAGAUUUGAAUUGGAUUUGGAAGUGAUUUUUGUCUGAUUAUAUUCCAUGUAGGUACUAUAAAUAUAAGUAACUUUUCAGCUGAUGAAGCUGUAUCAGUAUGAACACGUUAACCGAUCCUCCGAGUGACGUACUUUCUGGCACGUGGACAGAGGACACAACUCGUCUUCCAGCCCGUUGCCAUCGCCUCUCUAAUGCUUUGCGUAAUUUGGGAAGCAGGUGAGGAUGUAUCAAAUCAUCAGUACCAGGAGAGCAGUCAGAAUCGUGUACAUCACCCAGUACCGAGGAAGCACGUCGACUGACCGCUGCCGACUCGACGUGAACAUGAGAAGGAGCAUUGGCAUGCUAGAACACCUUUAUUAUACAUUCGAGAGCAACAUGUACAGUCAAGUGAGCAGUGUCUGCAGAAUAGGAAAAAAAAAAAAACCAUUCGAGCUACAAAUUCAUGCCAGGUCUUGAGUCAUGACGUCUGAAAGAACGUUCUCAAGCGUCAGACACGUUUUGUGGAUGAACGGCACACUGCAGCUGCCUGUCAAAACGUUGGAGUAAUUUCAUGGCUGCUUAUAUUUGUCCAGCGAAACUGCAUUGAAGUGGUGUCGGGAGUAUUCUUGAGCACCAGCGAGAGUUUUUGCUACAGGCGACAGCGGCAAAAACCCGCUGAGCGAAUAUGAUCCUGGUUAUAUCCAGUCGAUAAAGCUGGGGGAGGAGCGAAACGGAUAGGAACAGGAUAUGAAGCGUGUUUUCGCGCAAACGCCUGACGUAUCGCGCUGCAGAAUAAGCAGCUGUAAAGGUACGAGUGGAGAAAGAAAGGUGAAGUGAAGCAGAUAUGGAAAGACACAACUAGGGAAGUAGAGCUGAAAAGGGGGAGGGGAAAAAAAAGCACUGGAGAUAAAUUGUGUAAGCGCCAUCAGUGGAUUAAUCUGAUAGAGCUGGUACGCAGCCGUGAUAUCGGUGUAGAUACUAGGGACGUGCCUUCUGUCUAAUCUGACUAUAAGAAAUACCUGUUAAUGAACCGAUAUACCUGUUUAGAGAGGUGUAAUCAAAUAUCAUUUUAUGAUAAUAUACGACAUCGUGUUCAGAUUAAUAUUUCCGUUUACAGUCCUACAGUAGCAGCGCAUGCUCUCAUUCAUUCAUCUUGAAUAACUGCUUUAUCCCUGUCAGGGUUGCAGAGCGUCUGGAGUCUGUGCCGGGAACAUCGGGCACACAGAAGGAAAACACCACGAAGUAAAACCUACUGGAAGAUCAUGCUGGCGGUGUGUGUUUAGAAUAACCUGCUAGUCCAGCUAGUUCCAUGUUAUAUUUACUGAACCAGUGAAUAAACCAGAAAGUGAACGCUCUACACGCAAGCGGAACUGGAUGAAACGCGCCGUGUGUGUGUGUGUGUGUGUGUGUGUUGUGGUGUAAAAUGGACUUAAUCUGCGUUCUACUGAACAUCUUGUCCCGUGGGCUUAAUAUUUGACUGCCUGCUCCUGCCCAUGUACUUUGAGUUGAAUACAUCAGUAUGUCAAAUUUUACUAUAUGCCUGGCACACAAUAUGGCCAAAUGUAUGUGGACACCUGACCAUCACACUCGUAUGUGGUUCUUCUCUACGAAGCUGGAAGCACACAAUUGUAUAGGAUGUCUUUGUAUGCUGUAAGUUCCCUUCGCUGGAACUCAGAGGACCAGACACGUUCCGGCAUGCCCCCUGUGCACAAAGCAAGGUUCAUGAAGAGAUGGUCUGCCAACGUUGGAGUUGAAGACCUUCCGCCCAGACCUCCUCAUCCGAACAUCAGUGCCUGACCUCGCUCACGAUCUCCCGGCCGAAUUAGCCCUAAUCCCCACGACCCCGCUUGAAAAUCUAGCGGAAAGCCUCCCCAGAAGAACAGAGGUUAUUGUAACAGCCAAAGGAGGGACUAAAUCUGGAAUGUGCUGUUCAACAAGUCCAUAUCGGUGUGGUGAUGAAGUGUCCAUAAACAUUUGGCCAUCUAGUGUAAGCCUGGUAGAACCUAGAAAUUCUCUGUGAAGGGAAAAACCCUAAUGUGGGAUCAUGGGAUGUUCAUGUCCCGGUAUCCAGAAGUCAUUAGUACAGCAGUAUCGGCAUUACGAUAACCAAGUGCAUGUGACGUAUCAUCCCUCCCUCGAGUAUCUAUUCGAAGAGCUGCUCAGAUCCAGGUCGUUCUUGCGGAUCCCUAAUCAGCCACCACUGGUGUCACGUUUCCGUGAUUUAGAAACGGGACAAAUUGUACACCGAGUCAGACCACACAUACUUGUAUUGUGAAGUGGAAGCCAGUGCGUGAUUGUAAGAGGUAUUUGUGAUUUAAUUUCCUAAGACCUGUUAAGCAUUACUGAUCUGUCUUGUUAUAAAGUCACUCAAUACUUGUUUGAGUUUGAGAAAGCAGUUUGCUUUCUCUCUCUCUGUGUGUGUGUGUGUGUGUGUGCGCGCACACAGUUGGCUCAUGAAACAUUCAUUGUUCUACCGUCUGAAAUAUUCAUAGCGCCGGCCUCUUGACGGCUAGCCAGAGAUGCCCCAGGUACUCAGACCUCCUUCAACAGCGUGUAUACAUUUUGUCAGGUGUGGGACAAGAGUAUUAAUUGAAUGUUCUCGCAUUUCUUACUGCGCUGUCUUGCUGUUAAAAGGGGGGAGAGGGGGAAGAAUGUCCUUUCUUAUGUUUGGUCGCACAGAUUCUUGCUUUUACCUAUUUAUAGCCAGUGGAAAUUAUUGGAAUCAUCGUUUCCCUGCCAGAUGGAAAUUAUAGGCUGCGACUCCCAUCAAAUAUCCCCCUACUGCUCGAGAGUCGAGAGGGAGACAGGCCCUCAAAUAUUGUUUUGCCCAGUCCUUUUCUCUCUCUUGCAUUCUAUCUUUUGGGACUUUUUUUUUUGUGUGUGUGUUUCAGUUCCCGUCAUGCUUUUCCAUCCAGUGGUCGCGAGCUAAUGAGAUUUAGCUCUCGAAUUAGCUCUAGGUUUGCAGACGCCACUAGAGAUUAAUGAGAAAGCAUGAGUUUUUUGCAGUAGAUUUAUAGGGCAUACUUUUCUAACUCAUACUUUUAUCAUAAAUCAUCUCUCUUGUGCGCGUCGUGACUCAUUAGUUCUUUGAAUGCAUGUGCAGAUUGGUUCUGUGGCGUGCCGCAGUUUAAACACUUUCAAACACGGGUUGUUGUUCUUGUUAAGAUACCAUCCUUACUCCUAUGUUGAGCAUUUCUGGGCUGUAUCCGCGCUCCGGAGAUGAAGGCUGUUCCAUACAGAAAGACUUCUAGGUGAUGUUUUAAAUCAGUCUUUGAUUAACAGUGAUAGUUGUGUUGGUAAACUGUUAGUAGUUAUUAAACGCAAAUCUUCCCAGGGAAUCUUACAGGUUAACGAAAAGCUGCUUUAAAGGACCCCAGAACUGCGUCCUGGCUUCGUCACAGAUUCUGAACGCAUGUCCAGCAAAUUGUUGGGGUUUUUUUUUCUUCUUCUUUGUUUUCUGAUCUUUCUGGAGUUGUAACAAACCCAAACACUAAAAUAAAUCUGAUGAAGUAUUAAUAGGUGGUUAUUGUUUUGGGUUCUCCCGUCCCCAUCACCAGUCAGCUCUCCGCGAUCAUAGGACCGCUACCGGCCACGGAGGGCAAGGGCUGUCAUGUGCUUCCUCCAAGACACAUGAAGCCGACCGCAUCUUUCCAAACUUCUUCCAAACAUCACAGGGUGUCGUAAACACAACCGGAGGAAAGCGCUACCCGCCCACUUCCACAUGCGUGAUCUCGCUGACACCCACGGUUGGCUGGCGGCUAUUGUUCUUAACAACAGACACCAGUUCAAUAUGAGUAGGAAAAGGCAUUAUUGUUUUGAACCGUUGUUAGGUUGCUUCCUCAAUGACAUUAGAUAGGGGGGGGAAAAAAAAAUACAGAGCUUGCCAGAAAGUUCCUCAGGACGUCUGGUUCAGUCAUAAUAAUGUCACGUUCUUCAAAUUGCUAUUUGUUCUGAUUUGUGAAUGAAAGAUUACCGGUUCAUGCACAAUUUCAGAUACUAAUAUUUGGAGCGCUUAACGAAUACAGACGCAGACAACGGCAUUGCGUUGCACCAGUGUUCAACAGACGGUAUACGGCAUUAAUUAAUUAGGUCGUUCUUUAAUUUGCGAGGUAGCAUCAGUUAGCGUUCACUCUUGAAACUCUAACCCUUUAACCAUAAUGUAACCUUAUUUAAAAAUUUAAAGUUGUGUGGUUUUUUUUUUUUUUUUUUUUUUUUUUUUUAAGUAGCCACUGUAAUUAUCCAGGUCAUGUGCAGGGCAUUAUAACAUGAUGUUAGGACAUGUAUCAGUGCUUUUUCACGUUUCUUUUCAGUUAUAGUCGCAGUUCUGCAUGUCAUUCUGCAUCAUCGUUAUGCAUUUUAACCUAAAUGAGUUCAGUUUACGGUCAGUAUGAUUAAAUACACUUGUAUGAAGAACAUAUGCCUUAUGAGUUCAGCGAUCAUGUGGUUUGUUUGUUUAUUUAUUUAUUUAUUUAUUUAUUUAUUUAUUUAUUUAUUUUUAUCUGCCUCAUAGUAAUGUAUUUUGGCUUGCUGCUGGUCUUAUGACUCAUCUCAGGAUGGUAAUAUUUGUUCACGUUGGCCCCUGAAGUAAGUUUUCCGGAGAUGCCGAUCAGGCUACAGCACUGGACUGGGGGAGGAAAUCUGAGCACCCGGAGGAAACCCCCCGAUGCGCAGGGCGAACAUGCAAACUCAACACGGAAGCGGGAAUCGAAGCCCCAGCCCCGGUGGCGCGAGGCAGACAGUGCUAACCACUCAAAAACAUUUAACAACCUAUUUUUGAAUGUCUUCUGAAUUUUAUUUUUGCAUGCAUUUUUCUGUUAAUUUACUGAUUUAUUUAUUCUAAAGUCUUUGUAUGUAUUUCUGAAGUGUAUUUAUUCGGUCCUUCGUUACUUUGUUUUUUGCCAGAAUCACCCCCGGUUUUGUCGAAGCUAACCCCCGACUGCUCCCUCUUUAUCACACAGCAGCUACCGACCCGAAGGACGAGGUCUGAAACAUGUUAUCCGAGACGCGUGCGGCUAAACAUGCUCGGAGGAGAGCACUUAUUAUUUUGAUUAAACAAAUCUGUGUUCGUGAUUUCCAGAAGUUGUUCGGAAGUACGUGUUGCUUCCUUGCCAUCCGUGGCAAGUAUAGUGCUGUGAAAAAGUCUUUACGCCAAUCUGUACCGGCCAAUGAUCGCAUUCUAUGACUCGAUCGGUAGUCUCUAAAUUCGGCCGAUUUUACGAAGCGAUCGCAAUUUGAUGACGUAAGACGUGGAGGAGUGUCCUCACCAGUGAGGAAUUAUUACAAGAUCUCAAGAAACAAUGAAAAAUUUGCUGUUUUGCCAUGCGUUUUUUUACGCUGAGUUUUAAUGUUCUUCUGGGUCAGCAGUGGGUUUCACCUCACCACUCUUCCAUGGAUGCCAUUUUCCCCCAGUGUCUUUCUGAUAGUGGAGUCAUGAACAGUGACCUUUAUUGAUGCAAGAGAGGCCUGUAGGUCCUUUGAUGAUGUCCUUGGCUCUUUUGUGACUUCCUGGAUGAGUCGUCGCUGUGGUCUUGGAGGAAUUUUGGAUGGUCUGAAGGUUCUCUAUGUGCCGAGUUUUUCCAUUUGGAGAUCACGGCUCUCGCUGUGGUUCUUUAGAGUCCCAGAGCCUCUGAAAUAGCUUUGUAACCCUUCCCAGACUGAUGUAUUUCAAUCACCUUCUUCCUCAUCAUUUCUGGAAUUUCUUUCAAUUUUGGCACAGUGUGUUACUGAGUAAGACUUUUAACCAACUUCAAGCUGUUGAAAAAGUUCUAUUUAAGUGUUGAUGUGAUUGAACAGGGAAGGUUUUUCUUCCACCAGCUAUGUUUUGUGAUGACCUAUAACGACCGACUCUGGUGCGCACCAUUGGAUGUGUUCACUAUGCAGUUUGCAAUAUAAUGAAGUAACAAAUAUCCAUCCAUUCAUUUUCUGUACCGCUUAUCCUACACAGGGUCGCGGGGGUGCCUGGACCCUUUCAGAGGGAACUCGGGGCACAAAGCAGGGGACACCCUGUAUGGGGGCUAUCCCAUCACAGGGCACAGUCGCACACACAUUCACACACUAAGGACAAUUUGGAAAUGCCACACAGCCUACAGCGAAUGUCUUUGGACUGGUGGAGGAAACCGUGCACAAAGUGGGGAGGCAGGAUUCGAAUCCCCAACCCCAGAGGAUCCCUCGGUGACACAAGUAACGCGGAAUGCGCCACCAGGCCUGGAGGAGUACAAUCCAUUUACAGAUGCAAAACAGGCUCCGCCCGGCUCGGGUCCCAAAGUCCCGCCCACUGCGAACACACAGCCAGCCAUCAUGAAGCCCACCGAGGAGCCACCAGCUUAUUCACCGCCGCAGCAAACACAGGAUCAGGCACGGGCCCAGGCCGAGUUGAUGAGGAGGCAGGAGGAGUUGGAGAGGAAAGCUGCAGAGCUCGACCGCAGAGAGCGAGAGAUGCAGUCACUCAAUGCAUCUGGAGGGAGGAAAAACAACUGGCCACCACUGCCUGAGAAGUUCCCCGUGGGUCCGUGUUUCUAUCACGACAUAUCCGUGGAUAUCCCGGUGGAGUUUCAGAAGACGGUUAAGAUAAUGUACUACCUGUGGAUGUUCCACACAGCAACACUGUUCCUGAACAUCUUUGGCUGCUUGGCAUGGUUUUGUGUAGAUUCACAGCGUGGGGUUGACUUUGGCCUGGCCAUGCUGUGGUUCAUGCUGUUCACUCCCUGCUCAUUCGUCUGCUGGUACAGACCUCUCUAUGGAGCGUUCAGGAGUGACAGCUCUUUCCGCUUCUUUGUGUUUUUCUUCAUCUAUAUUUGCCAGUUCGGUGUCCAUGUGAUGCAGGCCAUUGGCAUCACAGGCUGGGGAGUCAGUGGUUGGAUCUCGGCGUUAACCGGCCUUAAUAAAAGCAUUCCUGUCGGCAUCAUCAUGAUCCUGAUUGCUGCCCUGUUUACCGCCUCUGCCGUCAUCUCUCUCAUCAUGUUUAAAAAGGUCCAUGGGCUGUAUCGAACCACUGGUGCGAGCUUUGAGAAGGCCCAACAGGAAUUCGCCACGGGCGUCAUGUCCAACAAAACGGUCCAAACGGCAGCCGCCAACGCCGCCUCGACCGCCGCUCGCGGAGCGUUCAAAGAGCAAUUCUGAUUGGCCGAGAGAGAGCAGGCCCAACUUCAAGCUCCUCCCACUUUCUCACUUUUUUCCGUUCUUUCUUAUUUGUACUCCUUUGACUUGUGAGUCGUCUGUAAGCCUGUUUCAGAUGUGGAGGAUCCCAGACUCCGCCCCUUCAUCGAUACGGCACACUCCAUUGGCUAACUGAGACUCUACCCGCUUCACUCAGCAGAUGCACUCAUCUGGCUUUUAUGCUGAGAUUGUGUGUGUGUGUGUGUGUGUGUGUGUGUGUGUGUGUGUGUGUGUGUCAGUCACACUCCAGUCACUUUCCAUUUGUCCAUUCAGAUUGACCAUGUGCUGACUCGUGUUUCUCUUUUUUUUUUAAAAAAAAAAAAACACAGGAAGUGAUGUCAGCAAGGAGUUUAUCCACUUACUGUAAACAUUCAAAGCAAACAGAGUGUUGGAACACCAUCCAAGUCAUCAGCACAUUCCAUUAAUAUCUCACACCAACAAGCAUUUCAUUCCUGCCCCUCAUUGGCCGAUAGGAACGUCCCUCACUGAAUGCACCCAGUGGGAGAUUCAGUUGGCUCUUUCUCUUGCUUUUUUUUUUAAUUUUUAUUAUUAUUAUUUUUUUAAAUCUCCGAUUCUGCCUUACACGCUGUUCCUGCUUUCCCGAAAAUAAGUUGAAGCUCCUUCACUUGGCUUCUGAGGCUCGUCCGGUGACCUACAAACACAAGAGUUGGGUUAGACAUGCUUGAGAAGCUCACUAAGACUCGGCCCAAGGUCCUGUAUCAGAAGUUUGACGGUGUUGAUGAGCAGUAGAAGCCUGGAUAGAAGAAAACACUAUCUGCAACGAAAGCCUCCCACCUCCGUUUUUUGCUAAUGGCAUGCUCCAGCGGCGCAGAAAAAUAGAGAAAAGAUUAUAGCAUGCUAGUACUCGUGCGUGCGUGUGUGUGCGUGCGUGUGUGUGAGAGAGAGAUGUGUGUUGAGUGAAUUUGAGUGGGUCUUAAUGCUGUUUCACUCCACGGCAAGUGAUCUCACGUAGGUUUAUAAAUUGAAGUCGUCUCAUCAUUUCAGUCCGACUGGACCCUUUAGGUUUUAGACUAUGUUUUUGUAUUCCUCCUUCAUUAAUGCAACCUUGUAGCCUUGAGCACUGAGAAACAGCUCUCCGAGAAACAGUUCCCAAGAUCAUAGGCCGUCUGUAUUUUGAGACCGCGAGUGUGUGUGUGUGGUAGCUUCCGUCACCUCUUUGCAGUAUUGACUUAAGAGCCGAUAGUCGGGCGUUAACACCCAGACGCGCGCGCGCACAAAACACUACUAUGAGGCGUUUACCUCAUAGCUUUGUUUUAAAACUGUGUGUGUGUGUGUGUGUGUGUGUAAUGUCCCUCGUGUCUACCACCCCCCAACCCCCCCCCCCAUCCCCGUGCGCUAUUGUAAGGUUUCCAGUUCUAUAAUCUCGAGAUGAGCUGCUGCAAGUCGUUCUUCCUUUUUUUUUUUUUUUUUUUUUUUAAAAAAAAACAACAAAAAAAAAAACAAAACAUCGUUUCAACGAAUGGCACCCGAAUGUUUGUUCUAUAUUAAUACGAAUCAAAUCGGAGAGUCCGUAGAAAGGUAUAACGUGAGCCUGUGCGUGCGUGCGUGCGUGCGUUCGUGCGUGUGUUGCGUUUGCGUUGGAUCGUGGCUUUUAAGUUGUGAUUUUGAACACAAUGACAUUAUUAGUUGAAACACUGAGGAGGUGGUGAUGUGACGUUCAUUCGAGCAAACCUAAGGGAUAUUUGUAUAUUUUGUAAAAAAUAAUAAUAAUAAUAAUAAUGAUGAUGAUGAUGAUGAUGAUAAUAAUAAUCGACGAGUGGUUGCCUGUCGUCCUGAAUAAUUUCAUCGUACUGUGCAAAUGCACUCUUGUCUCCCUUUGCAGUCGCAUGUCGAGUAGUUUGAGUUUUGUAUAUUUAUUGUAUUAACACAGGAAUAAAAUAAGAAAAUGGACUACUUAA